ACCCAGUAUGAGCUAUAUGAAAUGUACCAAAAAGCUAGAAGAGAAAAAGAGCAAUUCAAUAAUAGAAGUGCAGGCUAUUAUGCUGCCUCCUUAGGGAUCGUGUUUUUGGGUUUCGCUUUCUGUUCAGUUCCUCUAUACAGAAUUUUAUGCUCAAGAGUCGGUUGGGGUGGUACUCCAAUGACUGAUAAAAGUAAAUUUACUGCUGAUAAAUUGAUUCCAGUCGACCUUGAGAAGAGAAUCAAAAUCAGUUUUACGUCCACAGUUUCUAGUGUUUUACCUUGGAAGUUUGUUCCCCAGCAGAAAGAGGUUUAUGUUUUGCCUGGCGAAACAGCUUUAGCUUUCUUCAAGGCUAAAAACUAUGGCGACAAAGAUGUAAUUGGAAUGGCUACUUAUUCAAUAACACCUGGAGAAGCAUCGAUAUAUUUUAAUAAAAUUCAAUGUUUUUGCUUUGAAGAACAGAAAUUAAAAGCUGGGGAAGAAGUCGAUAUGCCUGUUUUCUUUUUCAUAGACCCUGAUUUUGCAGAAGAUCCACAGAUGAGAAAUAUCGACGAUAUUAUAUUGAAUUACUCGUUUUUUAAAGCUCAAUAUAGCAAUAAA